AUGGGAAAUGAUACCUACUUUGUACAUGUAGAUGAUGCAGUUGAAGUGCAAGCAGAGCUCCAGAAUAUGAGGCUGAGGGUAGACAAUCAAGAUCCUAUAGAUGCAACCGUAGGAGACGAAUUACCCAUACAUCCUUACCAUGUGAUGGCUUGGAAAUAUGAUUAUGACAUUGGUCGGGGUUUGAAGUUUGUGGUGUAUUCUAUGGAGGCAAUGAUGCAUCACAUGUUGAUAGUACCCAUGGUUGGAGCACUUGCUCACUACACUUACAUUCCUACUGGGAAGGAGCAACAGGAUAAGCAUGGAGGUGAGGGGUAUGCCACCCCGAAAUUACCUUUUCUUGAUUCGAAAUCGCGCAGACAGAACACAUGUUUUUCUAAAGAUACAACAACCACGACAUGGAAAAACAACACCAUGGCAUGGGCAUGA